UUCAGCUUCCUUUUAUGAUCACCAUGGCAUACGCGCUAUCGCCAUUUUCAGUUUUCACCGGUGGGAUACCCGGACAGUGUAUGUGAAUUUCUACAAGUUUACCAAAGUCAUGGUCUUUUUCAAGAAAAAGAAGUGUUUCUAACGAUCUCAGAGACGGUGGAUAGUGUAGCAGGAGUGGAAACGACAUCCGCCUAUGUGCGGAACAAGUGCGGCGGCUGGAGAGAGAGGAGCUGCAGGCCCUGCCACUACACCCUCUUCUGAUCCUUCCACCUCCUCCUCCUCCUCUUCCUCCUCAGGAGGUGACUCUUCGUCCUCCUCAACUGCUAGCAGGCUGUCUCCAAGCAACAUAGGUGGCAGCAGCAGCAGCAGAAUGCCGGCUUCCAGCAGCGAUGAUCCGGUCAGCAAUGCGCUGCAUAUGUCACUUUUGGCCAACAAGUGUUCGACGCUGAAAUGCAACUCGAACGGCGAGGGUGAUAGCAGCGGUGGUACAUCUCUGGACAAUAAACUGGUUGCCUCGACGAAGCGUGUGCUGCUAUCAGAGAUUGCAUUCGAAAAGUGCAGCAGCUACACGUCGACAGUGCUGGACUCUCUCAAACAGCGAUACAUAGUGCUCAACACAAACGAUACUUGUGCGGCUAGUGGUGGGGGUAAAGUGAGUGGUAGUGAUGAACCGGCGAAAAAGACAAAAGUUACAGACAAACAGACGCCGUGUGAAGGGGGUGACGGCCUGCCCAGGCCAAAGAUAGUGCUAUACUCGGCCGACAGUGUGCAGCUGGGAUGGCAGGGCUCCGCCCCUGUCGGCGCCGGCAUGGUCAACCUCAGGAACACCUGCUACCUCAAUUCUACGCUACAGGCACUGUUUCAUGUUCCUUCUUUUGUUAAUUGGCUGUUGAAUGACAAGAGUCACGUGUCCAAGUGUCAGCAACUCAAUGGUCUCACCCACUCAGAGUGUCUGAUUUGUGCAAUGAAGUCAGUACUUAUUGCCCACCGUAGUACAAAUAACGCGAUAAAGCCCAUUCAAAUCUACUCAAAAUUAAAAUUGAUUUGCAAGCAUUUCGUGCAUGGUCAACAAGAGGACGCCCACGAGUUUCUGCGCUACCUCAUUGAAAGCAUGGAACGGUCCUACCUCAACGUGGUUGGAGGACUCAAACUUGAUAGCUACAGUAAGGAGACAACUCCGCUGAAUCAGAUAUUCGGCGGUUACCUCCGUACUGAAGUGACAUGUUUGGUGUGCGGCCACGUGUCAACGACGUUCCAGCACUUUGAGGACCUGCCGCUGGACAUCAGGCAGGUGAGCUCGGUGGAGGCGGCCUUGGAGACGUACUUCAGCCGCGAGCAGCUCGGCAACGAUGCCUACAAGUGCGACAAGUGCCAUCGGCGCGUCAACGCCACUAAGAAGUUCUCGCUGCAGCGUGCGCCCAAUGUGCUCUGCUUGCAGCUCAAGAGGUUUGGCAUAACAGGCGGCAAGAUGAGCAAGCACAUAUCGCUGCAGAUGAGCCUGGACAUGGCGCGCUACAUGCACGGGGGCAGUGGGGGUGGUGGUGGGGCAAAGGGGCGGGGAGGGUGUCGCUACCGACUGGUGUCGAUGAUAUCGCACAUUGGGCCGUGGUCGGGGUGUGGCCACUACACGGCAAUGGCUGCCGCUGCCAACGGACACUUCUAUCUGUUCGACGACAAUCUGGUGCGGCAAAUGUCAGUGUCGAACGUGCUCUACAACUCGAACGCCUAUGUGAUGAUCUACGAACUGGAGCCGUCCUCCUCAUCCUCUUCUACCUCCACUUGCUCCUCCUCCUCCUCUCUAUCCUCUUCUUCCUCCUCCUCCUCCUCUUCAUCCUCGUCCUCCUCCUCGUCUGCCCUCCAUUCGCAACAGCGUUCGUUGUCCAAUUGCAAUUCGUCGCCAUCUGCCUCCAACGGUGGCAGUAGUAGUGGCACAAGUGGCGGGAAAAUAGUUCAAAAUGGCGGCAGCAGCAACGGAGAGGUUAGCAAACAGUCGUCGUACUUUUCACCUUCACCGUCACCCUCUGGCGGCCAAGCGAGCAGUCGAGUGCUGCCGCCUCUGUCUCUCUCACACGUCAACUCAAACUCGAGUUCGAACUCCAACUCGAGUUGUAGUGCAAGUGCACCUGCUGCUAACACAACGCCACCUCUACCACCACCCCCACCACCACCGCCACCUCCCAAACAGCAAGAAAGAGCUGCUAGUACUCCUUCUUCUUCUACUUCUUGUUCCUCCUAUCCGAUGACAUCAUCAUCAUCAUCAUCUUCUUCUACUACUUCCUCCACUUCGACACAACGCCAUCAUAACUUGGUGGUACUAAAGCAACACCCCAACAACACCUAUAGCAAUGGUGGCGGAAAACUGACCAAUGGCAGUGCAAAACGUUUAGUUCCUUACACGACCACCGAAUCAGAUGAGAGCAGCACUGACGAUGACGUCGAGGUGGACCGGCGAAAGAGUACCACUUUAUCGGCGUCCUCGUCCUCCACUUUUGCACGUCCCACUUUGACGGAAGUGACGAAAAAGUUGGAGAUCGACUGUGGCACAAGCCACCAGCACACGUCGGCUGCGUCGACGUGGCACGUGACUGACGUGUCGAGUCAGCAGCACAGUGCCUCGUCGAUUAGCAGUGUUAGCAGUACGGGCAGUGUCGGCAGUUGGAGUGUGACCGAGAGUGGCAAGAAGCCCUUGUCUAGAACGGCGACCGGAGAUGUAAAUGGUAGUAGUAGCAGCAGCAGCAGAGAGGGUGGUGCAUUGCCGAUCAGCCAGCUGACUGAACAGGAUGUGUUGAGCAGUGGAGGGGGGACGAACAGUAAGUGGAGUGGGGAGAGGAAAGCAGGAGGAGGAGGUGGUGGUGGCGGAAAAAUGUGGGAUGGCUCCCGUGGCGGGGAUACUGUCAACGACCUCCUCAAAAUGUCGCAUCGUGGAUAUGGCGGCAAUAGUACUGUGACAACAUGGGAAGGAGGCAGGAGCCAACUGGAUGAGGAGCUAGACAAAGACAAAAGCAACGAACAAAGAAAGCUGAAACGCAACUACUAUCACAAUAACAGCUAUGACGACGAAUUGGACAGAGGAAAGGUGAAAAAAGUGAAGUACAACAACAACAACAACAACAGUAGCAAUGGCGGCGGUCAGCGCUACAAUCCGUUCCAGGAUCACCAGAAUCGCAAACUCAGCAACAACAACAACGGCUGGUACGGCAACAACAAAAGGCCAUUUUACCGCAACAACAGCCUGGACAGGUUCCGCAACAACAAUCGCAAUGGCAACAACAAUUCGUCCUAUCAUCGUAACAACAACGGCUUCAAUAGGUGGCGGCAUUGACAACAACAUGCCGAUCCUGCCAACAACAUUUGUUUGGCUUACUAGUCAGCUGUUGUGUCUUGGCUGCUACGAUUUUGUCGUCACUGCCAACAUUCCUCACAACACCAAUGUAAUGGCAAUGCAUCAAUGCUAUCAUUUCGACUGAUGCUGACAGUUGGCACUCACUGUAGUAGAACUCCUCUAGUCUGGCAACCUGGAGGGGACGGAAUUGUGUACGUGAAUUAGUAGGAUUUGAACUGUCACACGGUUAUUGUGAUUGGUUCCAAUAAAACCAGGGCUGAUGGAUAAAUGCUGGUGUGUGAGUGUGUGUGUGUGCACACACAGAGUGGUCAGGUGUUGCGAGCUCUAGUGGUCUUGGGGCCUGGACACGCAGAGAGUGAUCUGCGAACAGAGUGGUUUUAGCAGGAUAUAGAUAUAGAUAUAUAUAAUAAAAAGGAAGACUUGUCUUAUACAAGUACGGAAUGGGAAAUUCACAAAUGACGCGUCAUCACGUCUGAACUAGCUACUGGACUGAUUAACUAGAAAAUUUUGCAUAUUUAUUCUUAAUUCACCGAGGAUGGUUAUAGUUCUAUUUUGAAUUCUUCAAGAUUCCAGUAGGUCAAGUUUUCAGUUUGUCAAGUUUUUAAUUAGACCCUUGCGGAGCACGGGUUACCUGCUAGUCUAAUAAUACCCAGUUAUUAAAUAAUUCCCAGUCGUAUAGUGAUAGAUUCGUAAGACCGCUCUGAUCGCAUAUUGUAGAUCGCAGAUUGCUCUUUGUGAGCCCAGGCCCUUGACUAGAUGAGACUAGGCCCUAGGUAAAGGAUAUGUUGGUACAGGUUUUCGUGAGGUGAUAAAAUAGGAUAGCCUAUCUCGUCUCAUCUCAGUACAAAAUGAAGGCUAUGUUAUUGCAACUUAUGAAAAUAGUAUCAAGACUUCAAUUUCAUGAAUAAAACUUUCUCUCAAAUUUCAUUAAGAGAAGCAAUCCCAGCUUGCGUAACAAUCUUAAAAUUAUACGUAUAUCAAAUGUAUAUAAGUGAAUAAAGUAGGAUUAUCGACGCGACGAACUAGAGGGGUUCUACUGUAUCAGUCGAGACCCUGUUUUAACAAACUUGAAAUGCCUGAUUCUACGGUUUAUAGAAAGAGCAAAUUUGAUAUUGUUGAUUUUCCUUCAUCUUGAGACUAUAUUUUUGCGUAAGUCUUCAAGUUUUGUGGGACAGAAUCUUGAUAAUGUAACUGGGCUUUAGGGUUUCUCGACUCAUAUUAAUAUGAUUGGUUAAUCUAUAAGCAUCGUGUGGUGAUAGAUUGAUUGAUUUUACUCUAAAUAAAGCAAGUUGAGACUUGGACAAUAUAUCAGUGUUGCCAAAUAGUGCGAAAUUUAAUUCUUCACAUGCAAGAAUAUAAUGUGGCAAUAUAUUCUUGGCAACUCUGCAUCGACUCUUUUAUAACAACUACUUUUCUACUGUUUGUUCAUCCUAUUGGUUAAUAUUGAUAAUCCUAGGUAAUCGGGUUUAAUGGUUCAUGUUUGAAUGUUAAUUUGCUGAAUGAUAAUGCAAUUCACAAUAAUUGAUAUCUAUUGCAGGUUAAUUAAGAAUCUGGCACUUCGCUGCUGCGACAUUUCAACUCUUUUGCGUACAACACUAUUGAUAUUAUUAUUAUUAUUGUACUAAUCGAUUAUCGCCAAGUGAACCAUCUUGUCUAUUUGUUUCAAGACAAGGGACCGGAUUCACCAGCAAUGUGUUCUACACUUCUGUCCCAGUAGUGUGAUAUUGCAGAUGUAUUUUCAUGUUUUUAUAUCAUUAUUCAUAAAUACACUUGAGCAUUUUUUUUGUACUGAUUGAUUGAUUUGUCGAGUUGAACAUUUGAAAUAGAGGGAUUCUACUUUCUUCCCUACUUUUUUUACUCAGUUUCCUUUGAAAUUUUCCGUGGAGACCAUACCACGAAUAUAAUCUUUUAAACUAGUUUCCCACCUCUAAGGCGACCCAAGAUCAACCACUGCAUCGUGCACUGGCAAUAGAGGGUAUUGGAGAAGGAAGAUCUAUAGAGACUAUAAGAAAUCUGUAGACACUUGAAAGACCAUAUUCGUGGUAUAAUAUCCACGGAAAAUUAUAGUAAUUUAGUAAAAAAAUAGGAAAGGAAGUCGAAUCCCUUUAUUUCAAAUUUUCAAUUCAAGAAAUAAGAUAAUACAAUGAAAAGUGUUGAACACAAAAGAGUUAAUGUUUUCUAAUUGAAUACAUCCAGCAUGGGCCUGCAUAAAAAGUUUGAAAUUUCGCACAAUUUGGCAACACUGAUGCUUUUUUCCAAGUCUUAAAUUGUUUUAUUCAGAGUGAAAGUAUGAUUCCUUAGUAUGGUGAUGAAGAUUAAGAAUCUUUUCAUGGUAGAAGUUGGUGUAAUUGAUUGUAUAAUAUGAAAGAUGACUGUGUGAUGUUGGUACAUGAAAUACCAGGCCUGAAUCAGGAAUCGUACGUGGUAAAUGGUAAAUGCUGUCGCUUUUCAGUUUCCAAUACAACAAACUGAUGCAUUGUUUGUUUGUAUAAGUUGUCCAAAUAUGAACAGAUCUUGUCAACUGUGCUUAUUCUAUUCAACACGAAAAUUGUUGAUUAAAUGUCUUGCAAUUUGCUGUAGAAGGCUACACAUUUUUGUAAUGGUGUAUAAAUACUGACUUGUCAAUUCGUAAGUUGUAACCUUUUUAAGGUUACAUGUAUGUUUUGAAGAGGUAAAUUUGGCUAGUAUGCACACUGUGUCCUGAUAACACGUCAGGUUUUUCAACCUGUUAUCAAUUUUUUGGUCAAAAGGCGAACCUGAAUCGUACAAAGCUGGUCAACAUUUAUGCCUAAUUUAUAUGUUGAAUGGCGAAAUUCAACCUUCUGAUUUACACUAGGCCAUAUGCAAAGCAAGUAAUUUGGAUCUAGCUACUGGCCUCAUGAAAAGCAAACUGAAAGGCGAUUUUAGGCAAUUGACAAAGUGAGAAUGAGUUUUUAACUGUUGCAAGAUUUUAACAAAUAUGACUGAAAUAAUAGGGUACUAUAAAACUAACAAACUAUCAACAAAUGUUUCGCAACUUUGCAAUGGUGAUUUUUGUUAUUGGUAUUGUUUCCUUGUUAUUGUAUAAAGACUGAUUUGAAUGGUUUGUCAGUUAGUCUCGCUAUCUAAUGCCAUUUUGUUUCUCUGAAAUUUGUUUUGAUUGUAAAGUGAAUAGAAUGUGUCAGGAGCGUAUGAAAAAUAGAAUACCCUAUGGUAUUUAUUGUAGGGGGCUACUAUCUAUUAUAGUUCAACAAAGUUAUGCUCUGAAGCAAGCUUUGAACGAGUGGUCUGAAGUUUGUCAAGCUUCAGUAGUAAAAUUAUUGUUAUAACUAGUUUUUACUAAAAUAAAACUUAAAUUAAAAAUAAUCAUUUAAACCAUUAAUUCAAUCUAUUUAUUAAAUUUAUUUUACAAAGCACUAUAAUAAUAUAUGAAUAUAUAAUUAUAUAUACUAUCCGACCAGUAUAGCAGAGUCGACUCAAGCCCCGUACACACACAUCGAUUUUUGUUGGUACGAUUUUUUUGCCGUCCUUAUGAAUUCUAUCAGAUCAGACUGAACUUGACAAAAAUCAUCUGUUUAGUCUGUUAGUUAGAAUUUAUAAGGACGGCAAAAUAUCGUUCGAACAAAAAUCGGUGUAUAUGAGCGGGGCUUAAGGCGUUGCACCCUUUAGUCUGCUUGUAGGCUACAGUACUACCGUACCUGGUCGCGGGUUCGAAUCGCACAGAAUCCCAUCGAAUAGGCAUGGACGUUCGAAUAUCUUAGUAAAUCACGCUCGCAAUUUCCAUUACACACGCAAAAACAAAAAGCUAAUGUGGGCAUCAUCCGCAAAUAAAAAAAUGAAAAUAAAAUAUAAUUAUAACCGUGGAGGAAAAACUAGGCAGCGCCCAGUACCUUUUUUCUCUCCAAAAUUUUGAUAAAACUAAUAUUGUCCUAAGUUUAAUUAAUUUAUGAAAUCACACAUCACCACUUCGCCACUUGACUUUCGGUCCAGGAAUAAUUAUUUGAAAAUGUUGAAAGUUUACGUAAAAAAUAGAAUGAAUGUAGACCUACUCCAGAAAACAAUAAAUAAUUAAAAACUUGAGAAUUAUUCUACUUUUUUGAAAAAUGUCAUCAAUAAUAAUUAAUUUCUUUACCAAUGAUACAACAUAAAUAAUUGAUAGUAAGUUAAUACUUAUUGCAUAAAUUCCAUUUUCUAUAUUGAAAAAUGUAUUUAGGCCUACUCUCCAGAUCAAGUCGAUUCUAAGAAUGCACUUUAUUGAAGCGCAAGUUGAGGUUUUCUUAAGGCAGGUACUCGGAAAUACAUCCUCUGCCUUUCUCAACCAUCUACACCUACUUUGAGGAAGUGAAUCAUCAGACUAUUAACGAUUUUUCAAUUUCUAUAAACGGUCUUAUGGUUUUAAAAUAAACAAGAGUUAAGGUGAAUAUACAAUGCACCCUAGAAUUUAAAAUUGGUUCAUAUAAAAAACGUUUUACUUUUAACUAGCAACAACAGAAAUAUCUUACGAUAAGCAACUUUUCAACACGAAAAUUUGCUCAAUUUGAAGUUCAGUAAAGUAAUAGUUUUUCUAACGAUUCCCACAUAAGUUGAAGACUUGCGCCUUGUUGAUGACGUCCAUUAAUAAGCUGUACCAAAUUAAUAAUUGAGCAUAAUAAGUAUUCAAAUAUUGGCAUUAGAAAGUACGAGACAACUGUGUAAAGCCUGCUCUACAUGCAACUGAAAAACCGAAGGCAGAGUAAACUUUAAUGUGUGAAUAGAGAUUUGUGUGGGGAUUUUCGUUGAGUCUUGCCUUUGGAUUUACCGUUGCGUUGGAGCCGGCGUAAUGUCAAGUUGCAUUUGUAUUUGUAGAAGUGGGAAUGAGUGAAUAAUCUUUGAAGAACUGAAAAACAAAUCUUUUUUUGAGCAUGUUGAUAAUUAAAAACUGUUUCUGUAAUGUAAUGCAUUACAUAGAAUGUAAAUGAACUAUUUGUACUAUUUGAGAAAUAUUUAUGGAUAAAGGAGAGGAGCUGAAUGAUGAUGAUGAUGAUGAUGAUGAUGAUAACUACUGGUACUGUUAAAAGUAAUGUACAUUACUUUGAUUCAUGUUUGAGAAUAGAAUAAUGACUAUUAUUGGUUGAGACCAUAGUGAUUGAUAUUCAAUCAUGCCAUUAGAGUUAAACUUCUGAAAGUAUAUUAAUUUGUAGAAGUGGGAAUGAGUGAAUCUAUUAUUAUAUACUGGCUGAUUGUUGUGUAUAGCAGCGGUGUCAAAGUAGAAGUCUACUUGUUUUCCUACUAAAAUAUCGAAUAAUUGAAUCUUAAUUCCUAUUUAACGCAGGGUUCUUAUUGAUUAACUUCAGUGAUGAUUAUUACAAUUAUCUAUGUUUAUGUUUGAAAUUCAAAACAAAAAUGCUUAUACUUCAGAGUUCAAACAUAAUCUAGGUAGUUUUCAGUUGGAAAAUUUUAAGCUAGUUUGUUUGGAAAUGUUAUUUGAAAAAUAUUCAGGAAAUUGUUUUAUAAUUUUAUUAAAAUUAGAGCAUAAAUGUGCUUUCUUGUAACACUGAAUAAUAUUAUCAUUUUUGGUUCGAUAAUCCUUAUAAUGCUAAUUAAUGAUUAUUCACUAGUAAUCUGUAAAAACUUAGUCAACUCUUCUCUCAACCGGAAUAUAUUCUCAAUAGUACUAUACUACAUGCCAUGUACAGUUAAAAUUAUUAAUAAUACGAUGAUGUUAAAUAAAUUAAUGUAAUUCUAAAGUUGAUGUUUAUAAAAGCAAAUUAUAAUGUCUUUGUCAAAUGACUCUUUCACUUUAGUCGUUGAAAUAUGAAUUUAUGAUAAGACACGUUUGUUGUAUAAUGUAUGUACAUUAUUUUUGUUACUUCAAAUUAUUACUUUGGGAUAAGAAGUAUAAUGAUAAUAUCGAAUAAAUGAAAGCCACCUCUAGUUAGAGCACUAUUUGUUCAUGUAUAUAUUUAUUUUAUGUUCAUUCGUUCAGAAUGUUUACUCUUCUUUAUUUGUUAUGUAAUUAUAUUUUUUUAUGCUAGAAAUUAGAGUAUUCAUCGAUUGUAAAUAGAAUCAUUUUGUAAAUAGAGGUUUUGCCAGUCUAUUAAUUAGAUUGUGAUGUUAUUAUUUCACACAUCUUUUUUCCAAGGUUCACCAUAAUGAGUUCGAUAAUAUUGUUUUUAUUUCAACAAUCAUGUCUUGGUAAAUAAGCUAGAUAAUUUUAUUGUUGUCAUUUGAAACUGUCAAUAAGUCAGCUUAAAAUGUAAUAUUGUGUAAUAAAUUUCAAGUCAAACAA